AUGAAAUUUAUCGAUAUCGUACUUGCAUUGACCAUGUCCGUGACUGUCAGUGCAGCAGUGAUUGCAUCCGAGUCGACAACUCAAUCACUGCAUCUAUCAAAACGUAGUCCUGGCAAAGGCAUAAAACUACCGUUUCAAAAUAAUGGAUUCGACGCGAAAAGGCUUACUGGCAAUGGCGAUGACGAUGAGGAUGACAGCCCAGAACACGAAACGGACGAGGUUCAAAGUCAGUAUCUUCAGCUCAGGCAAAAGUAUGAAAAAUAUAAACAGCUCGAAAAAAAAUCGCUUUACCAGGCAUUAAAACGUUCUGGUGGUUUAAACCCUGGCGCCACUUGGGUUCAUUUAUCAAAGGAAAAAAUGGAUACUCUAUUACAUAAACCCGACUCUAGCCUGACACAAAAAGAGCGUGUACAAAAAGCCAAACACAAUAGUGAUCUUGCAGCAUAUGGUGGCUAUAUGGAAGCAAAAGAAAAGAAAAAGCAAGCCAAGCGUGAAUUGGAUGAUUUCAAAAAAGGGAGUGGUAUGGGAUCAGGAAGCAGUUUGAAAAAGCUGACAUCAAAGUUUACCAAAAACUAG